UCUCCCUAACAAAAGAAGUCUCCGUUCAUUAUUUUUUUUCCCAGUAGAAAGUGCGAAGAAACUUAACACAAACUUUAGGGUAUCCAAUUUCUUGACUCCUUCCCUCUUUAUUUUCCCACUAAUUGUCCCGGAAGAUGUCAUCGUUUGUUUCCUGAUAAAAGAACUCAAAGUUGCAGUUUAGAUUUUGAUUAGGUUCUGGAGUUCUUUUUGUGUUUGGUUGUUGAGAAAGUAGUGGAGAGAAGGAAAAUCGAAGCCUCUUCUAAAAUAACUAGCACCAAGUCAAAGUCCUGUUACAUUAGGCUUAAAAAGAAAGUUAUAUUACAAUAUUUUAGCUCCAAGAUUCAUGUUCUUAAUUGCUGAUGUAGUUUCUGUUUUGGUUCAUGCACUGAAACUUUGAUCUUGGCAGGUUUCAAUAAUUGUUUGUUCUGUACACUAAUAUACGUAUUUGAUCUGUGCACUCAGAUUUUAAACAUAGUUUAGGCUAGAGUUUCUAAGGUGAAGUGAUUUUGAAAUAUUGAGCAACAAGCAACAGCAUCUUCAACAUUGAAUUUGAGUAUGACGCGUGCUAGUUCUAUGAGAUUGUCUCAUGAACUAAGGGUUCACAAUUGUCAUGGAUGCAAUAAUCAAUAUACUAGUGCGAGCAGAGUGCAGCUGGUUAAUGCCAAUCUCUCUUCUCAAUUCUUGCGACUGGAUCCUUGGGGUCUUCAUUUUCUAAACAGCACACGUGGGCCACCGAGUCCUGUACCUUCCAGAUGUAAUGUGUUCCUCUGCCGAUCUGUUCUAACUCCAGGUGGAGGGAAUGAGAUUCCUGUUCUGAAAUCUGCAGCAUUGGCCUUUACAAGGUCCUAUGAUGCUCUUCGUGGAAGUAAUCUGGUGCUUAAAUUGAUCCCAGCUAUUGGUAUCAUUACCUUCGCUGCAUGGGGACUUGGCCCACUCAUAUGGUUGGGAAGGACUAUUUUUCUCCAUAAAUCUGAUAAUAGUUGGAAAAAGAGUAGGACUCAUUAUGUUAUGACCUCUUAUCUUCAACCUUUGCUGCUAUGGACUGGAGCAACACUCAUCUGCAGAGCAUUAGAUCCAGUAGUUCUACAAUCGGAAGUGAGCCAGGCUGUGAAACAACGACUUCUGAAUUUUGUUCGUUCAUUAUCAACCGUGGUGGCAUUUGCCUAUUGUUUGUCCAGCUUGAUUCAACAGGCACAAAAAUUCAUCACAGAGACAAAUGAAUCCAGUGAUGCGAGAAAUAUGGGCUUUAGUUUUGCUGGAAAAGCUGUUUAUACUGCAGUCUGGAUUGCUGCUGUAUCUCUGUUCAUGGAAUUGCUGGGUUUCUCUACACAAAAGUGGCUCACAGCUGGAGGACUUGGUACAGUGUUGCUCACGCUUGCUGGUCGAGAGAUAUUUACGAAUUUCCUUUCAAGUAUAAUGAUCCAUGCUACACGGCCAUUUGUUUUGAAUGAAUGGAUUCAGACAAAAAUUGAAGGUUAUGAAGUUUCUGGUACUGUUGAGCAUGUGGGCUGGUGGUCACCAACAAUUAUAAGAGGCGAUGAUCGUGAAGCUGUUCACAUUCCGAACCACAAGUUCAGUGUGAGUAUUGUGAGAAAUCUUAGCCAGAAGACUCAUUGGCGCAUCAAGACCCACCUUGCCAUCAGUCACUUGGAUGUCAAAAAAAUUAAUAAUAUUGUAGCUGAUAUGCGCAAAGUUUUGGCCAAAAAUCCGCAAAUUGAGCAGCAAAGGUUGCACAGAAGAGUUUUCCUGGAUAAUAUCAAUCCAGAGAAUCAAGCUCUUAUGAUUUUGGUUUCAUGCUUUGUGAAAACCUCACAUUUUGAAGAGUACCUGUGCGUAAAGGAAGCAGUCCUCUUGGAUCUUCUUAGAGUUAUCAGCCAUCAUCGUGCUCGGCUUGCCACACCCAUUCGUACAGUACAGAAAAUAUACAGCGAGGCUGAUUUGGAGAAUGUGCCAUUUUCUGACUCCAUUUUCACACGUUCUGGAGCCACUGCUAACCAUCCAUUAUUGCUGAUUGAGCCCUCUUAUAAAAUUAACAGUGAAGAUAAAGUUAAAGCUUCAAAUCGUUCACUUCGUGCUAAUGAGGAAAAGGAUGCAAAGGUUGAAGCAGCCCUGGUAUCUGAGUUGAAAGCAGAUACCAAGGCUGGAUCAAUGCCAGUUGUUGAUUCAAAACGAGAUAAGGUCAUUGCAAAAUCUACCUCCAACUCCAGCACAAAUUCUAAGGUCUCAGAUAUCUCGGCAUCUGAUCCUCAACUUAUCAGUUCAACGCCUGAAAACUCAGUUAAAAACAGUCCUGGAGCACAGCAGUCUAAUGGAAAUAUGGGGGAUAGAUGGCAGGAGACAUUGGGACCAAAUUCUGAAUGCAUAACCUCUAAUAGAGCAACGCCUGAGGGGUCCUCAGUUUCUAACACAGAAUCCGUCGGUGAAAGAACUGAGAGUCCUGACAUUUCACAGAGUAAGCAGGAUACUGAGAGAUCUGUUGCAUCACCAUUAAUGACCAGACCUUCAUUGGAGGAGAACAUUGUUCUUGGUGUUGCUUUGGAGGGCUCAAAACGAACUCUUCCAAUUGAGGAAGAAAUGGAUUCAUCUCCUUUCCCUUUAGAAUCGAAGGAAUUGGCUGCCAGCCAGAAUGCAGGACCAUCUCCUUCUGGCAAGGAUAAGAAAGACAGUCGUGACAGUUCCUAGCACCUCACAAAGCGAUUAGCAGGAUGAAGGUGACCAGAAGCUUGUUGUAGUUUAUGCCUCUUUAACCAUUAAAUUUAUGCAAGAACACGGCAGCUGUGUUUUUAAA